AUGACUGUGUCUGCUCUACCCAGUGCCACAGUGAGUACCUCUCCUCAGGGUCUCCUCUACUCUGGAGAGACAGUCACUCUGCAGUGUGACAUACCAGACUACACAGAUUGGACGUACAACUGGUACAUAAACAACCAACCAGGUUCCAGUACACAUGGUAAAACCAUUACCAUCACUCUCCCCGACCAGGAUGGUCAGUACCAGUGCAUGGGGACCAGGACAGAUCGGCCCCAGAAGUCUCAACUCAGCAGAGCCCCUUCUAUCCAGUUUAUUGCUCUACCCACGGCCUCAGUGAGUAUCUCUCCUCAGGGUCCCCUCUACUCUGGAGAGACAGUCACUCUGCAGUGUGUCAUACCAGGCUACACAGACUGGAUGUACAACUGGUACAGAAACAACCAACAGUUUUCCAGUCAGACCAGUGAAACCAUCACCAUCUCUCUCCCUGACCAGACUGGUCAGUACCGGUGUCAGGGGACAAGGACAACGCGGCCCCAGUGGUCAAAUCUCAGCUCAUCUCUCCCCAUCAUCAUCACUGCUCUGCCUGAAACUACACUGACUGUAGAGCCAAACCCUGUGUUUCCUGGAGAGACAGUUACUCUGACGUGUUCAGUAGGGUCUGACAGUAUCUGGAGCUAUAAGUGGUACAAAGACAGGAAUGGUAAUGAGGUAUCCCAGUCUGUCAGACACACUAUUACAGGAGACACCCUCACCAUCAGUAGAGCUGCUGAGUCUGACCAGGGUCUCUACUUGUGUCAGGGACAGAGAAGAUCCAGACCCACAUCUUCACAACCAAGUACUGUUAUUACCCUCACUGUGAAUGCUCUGCCCACGGCCUCAGUGAGUAUCUCUCCUCAGGGUCUCUUCUACUCUGGAGAGACAGUCAGCAUGCAGUGUGACAUAUCAAUGUACACAGACUGGACGUACAGUUGGUUUAUAGGCAACAACUUCAAAUCCAGUACGCCUGGUCAAACCAUCACCACUCUGUCUAACCAGGCUGAUUAUCAGCCGUCGACUACACUGACUUUAGACAAGGAGGACGUAUUCACAGGAGACAGUGUGACACUGAGCUGUACUGUAAAAUCUUCUGGAUGGAAGUUUUACUGGUACAGACACAGACCAGACUCUAUACCAGUAACCACAACCUCUGAAUAUUCCUACACACUCAGCUGGGUCAGUGUCUCUGAUGGAGGACAGUACUGGUGCAGAGCUGGGAGAGGAGACCCAGUCUACUACACCCUGUACAGUGACCCAGUCCAGAUAAAUGUUACUGAGAGGCCUGUUACUUUUCUGACCCUUCAACCCAACUGGACCCAGAUAUUCAGUGGAGAAACAGUUACUAUGAGAUGUGACAUACAGGGAGGAGGAGACUCUGACUGGAACUACAGAUGGUAUAAGAAUAGUCAGUCAGUGAUCCCCUUUAACACAAAGCCUGAGUACAGAAUCAGUCCUGUCUACAUGUCUAACAGUGGUUCAUAUACCUGUGAGGGUGUCAAGGGAAACAAGAUCUCCAAGACCAGUGAUGCUGUACAACUGACUGUGUCUGAUAAACCCAAGGCUGUCCUGAGUAUCUCUCCUCAGUGGCUGAACCCUGGAGACUCAGUGACUCUGAGCUGUGAAGUUGGCAAGAUGUCUACAGGCUGGAGGUUCUCCUGGUACAGGACUGUUCCCUACAGAGCUGGGUUACCCUCUCUAUCAGACUCAUCAUACUCUGUAGAGCCCCUAUCUGACAGUAUUACUGGAACUACAGAGAGCUUCUACACCCUGAGUCCUGCUGGUCACACAGGAGGAUAUGUGUGUAGAGCUGGGAGAGGAGACCCAGUCUAUGACACACUCUACAGUUUGAUUCUGUCUCUCUUUGUUUCAGAUCUGCAUUCUUCAGUGUCUCUCAGAAUAAGUCCCAACACAACUCAACACUUUAGAUCAAAGUCUCUCUCACUGAGCUGUGAGGAGAAGGGGAACUCUACUGGAUGGAGACUGAUGAGAUACACAGAGAGAGGAGUAGAGUCAGGGUGUGUCUCCAACUGGGGAUCAAUAACAGGGUCUACAUGUACCAUCAGGUCCACAUACACAUGGUCCAGUGGAGUGUACUGGUGUGAGUCUGGAUCAGGAGAGUACAGUAAUGCUGUCAACAUCACAGUGCAUGCUGGUUAUGUGAUCCUGGAGAGCCCUGUUCAUCCCGUGACUGAAGGAGACUCUGUGACUCUGCGCUGCAAAUACUGGACAACCAGCUUAAACAUCAAGGCUGAUUUCUACAAAGAUGGAGUACUCAUCAAGAAUGAGACCACAGGAGAGAUGACCAUCCCUGCAGUAUCCAAGUCAGAUGAAGGAUUCUACAAAUGCAAAUACCCUGACAAGGGAGAAUCACCAGAGAGCUGGAUGACAGUGAGAGUCGUAGCUCUUGGAUCCUCUACAUCAGUCCUAGUAGGAGUGGUUGUGGGUCUGGUUGUUGCUGGUGUUCUACUGGUCAUUCUCCUCGUCCUGCUGUGGAGAUUUAAAAACGCCAAAGGAACCCCCAGACCCAGAGAACCAACCAGGACCCCCAACAGGACCAAGGAUCUACCCAGGGUCAGGAUCCUGAUGCUGGGUGGUGCUCACAUCUACGACACGAUCAAUCGCUCAGACAACAAUGAUAAUGGUACUGUAUAG